UUGCUCAUUAUAAGUACGGAUGAAACGGACAGAUUUUUCAGAUUAACACAGAGUACCAACGAGGAGUUCCGGAACAUUCAGGUGGCUGAAGGUCUUGAAUCACCGAAGAAAGACCUGCUGGUAUGAUGAGGAGAGUCUUCAGAUCAGGAAAUUUGGAGCUGCUGGUGGUUUGUGUUACUGGUAUCAUCCUCCAACUUCACAAUGCAGAAGCUUAUUUGUCAACUGAGUCUUCUGUUGUAAGCCGCACAACAUUUGGAGAUGCAACUGCAACGUUUUAUGGAGGCAGUGAUGCCUCUGGAACACAAGGUGGGUCAUGCGGCUACCAGAAUCCUUUCGCUCUGGGUUAUGGUAUAAAGACUGCUGCUCUCAGUAACAGCCUACUUGCCAACAAUAUGAACUGUGGAGCCUGCUUCGAGGUGAAGUGUAAAUAUGAUGCUUCAGCAUACACCAAGAAGUGGUGCUACCCCAACUCACCCACGAUCAUCGUCACUGCCACCAAUCAAAGCCCUCCAGGCCUCAAUGGGGAGCAUCAUUUUGACUUGACCGAGCCAAUGUUCAUGAAGAUCGCAAACAGAAUCGGCGGUCGCAUUCCAAUUCAAUACAGAAGAGUGCGCUGCUACAAACCAGGAGGCAUCAAGUUCACUCUCACUGGAAAUCCUUUUUUCAACCUCGUCCUCGUUUACAACGUUGGAGGUGCUGGUAAUGUCUACGGGAUGGCAAUCAAGGGAUCCAGAACUGAUUUCUACCCAAUGAGCAGAAACUGGGGACAAUAUUGGCAAGCCUUCGUGAAGCUGACGGGUCAGAGUCUGACCUUCCGCGUCACGCUGGGCAAUGGAAAAUCAACCACUUUUUGGAACGUCGCUCCUGCGAAUUGGCAGUUCGGCCAAACGGUUGCAGCCACCUACAACUUCUACUGAUCGAGUAGAGCGGCUGUUGGUGAUUCUCCGACGCACAAGAGAAACAGUAACCUCCGAGCAGGUUUUUUAUCUUCACAGAUGCUAGCACUAGGUAGAAUGGCAAAUCCAUGCAGCGCAGCCGAGGUGCAAGUGGCGUGGCACUUGAUUGGCUCGCACCCGCUGUGCUUCGGUUAGUCCGAGGUCCGUUAGGUGGACAUUUCAGAGUUUUCUCUUCUGUCCAUUCCAUCAGAAAUAUUGUUAGCUUUAGAGUACAGGAAAUAAAGAGGAGACU